AGCAUCACUUCUCCGGUGAUGCUCAGGAGAAACUCCGCCUUCUUGCCGCAUUCAAGAGGGCGGUGGCUCUGUGGGCUCCAGAGUUCGGGGACCUUCAGCAGAAAGACGCCCAUGAGUUCCUGACAGUUGUCUUUGACCAAAUAAGAUAUUGGGGCCCACAGCUGCAGGUGCUGACUGCCGGCUUGGGCAUGGCCUACAGCUGUCCAGUAGAAGACCACCUGAUGUUUAAAAUGCGAAACACCAGGACAUGCAAGAGUUGCGGAGCAGGUUCCACCAGAGAGGAAGACUUUACAAAUCUGUCUCUGGACCUUCCAGCUGGAGGUGGUACAGUUGAAAACAUGCUGGAUAAUUACCUGAUGGAGACAGAGUUGGAGUACAGGUGUGAGUGUGGUGCCACCAAAUCAGGCCAGCGCUCAUCAUUCGCCACCCUGCCAAGAGUGCUGGUCCUGCAUUUGAAGCGUUUCCGGUACACUCCAACUUUCCAGCUAGAGAAGAUCCAUGACCCUGUCAAUCUACAGAGGGAGCUUGUGGUGUCUUCAGGCCAGCAUGGUGCAUGCUACAGUUUAGUGAGCACCAUAAAUCACAUCGGCGCCACAGCAAGAAGUGGACACUACAUCUGCGACGGAGUGGACCCCGACGUUGGACCCGUGGACCUGACAGACCGCUGGUUCACAUACAAUGACACAGUGGUCACUCAAACAACCGGUGUCAAUGUGUGCAACCAGCGGCAAAGAUCCUCUUACAUCCUGUUUUAUCGGAGACAGCCAGAGGACUAGACAGCAGGACAGCAGAUGAGGACCCAGCGGCAGGGGACCAGAGGACAAACCACAGGACUUGGACAGAUGAUCUGGAGGCUGGACAGA